AGUUGAACGUCAGUCAUCCUAGCGCGGCCCUAGAAACGAAACAGUCAUGGUGUUGAUAUUAUUGUCGCCAAUUUCAUUCGGUGGAUUACUUUGCUAAUUACCACUCUACAGAAAUAACUUUCCACAAUAGUCAAAAAAAGGGGGUCUCGUUAUGCAGCGCAAGAUUGCUUUUGUACACAUCUGGGUUGCACCCCAGCUACGAAACUAGUGAAUACGGUUGUUGGACAGAUAUCCCUUCUCAUCGCGAACAUCUUCGGACCGCAGAAGACUGGAAGGGAUGAGAUUGGGGAACAUUUAGUAGAAGUCGGAAAAGAUAAGGCUACAGAGAGCUGUUUCGCUGAGGGAGAUCUGCUCUAUUUAUGCCUGAGCGCUCUCCUGGCCUUUGCCAACCUUCUCGCCCAUUUCUCCAAGCUUGUCUAGGAUGAUUCUUCACUGGGCAGGCUCGCGCAUAGCCUGCCGUGAAUUCCAAUCAUAUUCCCUGACCUUCCCCCUCGUUCCUCGCCGGCCUUCUGCCUUCAGGAGCCUGAAUUCACCUAGCCCUCUCCAUGUGGAUUCCCUGCCUGCACCUCAGUGACCGAUAGAUGAUUGCAUGUGUUUUCCAACACUUGUUGCUGAAUGAUGUGCCCAGUAAUGAUGUACUUCUAGUGAAUCUCCUCUUGUUUUGGAAUGGUCUGUUCCCUCAAUCUUUCCUUUCUCUAUAUCUAUCACAAGACCGGCCUGUUCUUGUGUCCCAGGUCAUCUUCAGACACAGUCGUGAGAUAGCAAGACAAUGUUCGGAUACAAUUGUAGCGAAAGGAUGCAGACGUGUUUGCUUCAGGUAUAAAAUGUGGACAUCUCUCAUCGACAACCUCAAGCAUUCUCUGGAGUAUUUUACCUUCUCUCAGAAGGAUCACUGCGCGUCGAUAAGGGGUCAGAAGCAGCUUGGGCUGUUCUGUGAGCACCGUCAUGUUCGCCCUCGCCAUCGCCCUCGCCGCAGUCAUCCUGUUAGGUUUUAUGAUUACAACAACAAUUCGAGAGUCACAAUACCCAUAGAUGCACAGUGCGUGGCCUACAUACUCCCUCUUCUUACGGGUGGUGGCUGGCACAAUCUCACAUCCAUAAAACUGUGUGGCCGUUCGCCCGGAGGAUAUGAUAGAUAGGCUACCUGUACUGUACAAAGGUCUGGAUGAUGCGGAGUAGCGGAAAGUUUGGUGGUCUGCUGUUGGGUAUUAUAUGGACUUGGAAAUAAGAGGAGCGAAUGCAUACCGUAAUGACUAGUUACAUAGUUUGGGAUAGAUGUAUACAUUCAUUUGGUUGGAUGAGGAUGCGCUCUUUUACCAUUACUAUCAGAGUUGAGAUAUUCGAUGGACUAUAUAAGCCCUCUCUGCUGGUUAGUUGUUAUGCACCCAUUUUCACAAAACUAAGGUGUAACCCACUCCCAUCAGCAGAUAUAUCACCUACUCUUUUAAAAUGGUUUUACCAACUUCUUUGAUAUUUUGGACAUACUUAUUUUUUUCUUUCCUUUCACUGAAACAUAUCAUAACAGGUGAACACCAUCAUGUAUUGGGAUAAACAAACAGGAGCUACAAGCUUGAUGCCUGUCACGACUCACAUGUUGUUAAUGGUGUCAAUGGGCGUACCAAUUCCUUUCAAAGCUCCAUCAGGAAACUAAAUAAUGUAA